CAUUUGACCAUUUGUGUCCCUGUACUCCUGCUGCACAGAUCCUUGACAGCACAUAGUGAAAGCUGACAAGUGUGGUAUUUCUCAGGAAAACAAGAAAAAGUGCUCAAACAAGCGGAGGCAACCCAAGGUAAACUCCAGGACACACACAAGGACACAUACAAUCUCUUUCACUACUCCAUUCUGUUAUCUGCAGUUUGAAACGUUUAUCAUGGAAGUGCUAGAAGUCCCCAGCCUGCAUGCAGACACUGAGCAACACAAGACCCUCACUGAAAUAUCCGACGAUGAGCUCAACCUUCCUCCUUCUGAAGAUGAGGAAGAAGCAACCACCGAGGCCAAAUCAAAAGAAGUUGAGGAGAAAGAAGAGGCAGAGGAAGGAGACAAAGGCAAUGGGCAGAUGAAUGGAGUGAUGAUUCUUGCUUUGCUGGAUAAGAUCAUUGGUAGAGUGGACCAGAUCCAGCAGACGCAGACCGGCCUGGAGGCCCGGCAGCAAGAGAUGGAGCGCUCAGUCACUGGGAUUGAGGGGGAGCUCACCAAGUUGACCAAGAGUCACACUACCACAGCCAACUCGGUGAACAAGAUGCUAGAGAAAGUGCGCAAAGUGAGCGUGAAUGUGAAGACAGUACGCAGUAAUCUGGAGAAGCAAGGCAGCCAGAUAAAGCGGCUCGAGAGCAAUGAGAAUGAACUUCUCAAGAGGAGGAACUUCAAGGUCAUGAUUUACCAGGAUGAGGUGAAACUUCCUUCAAAGACCACAGUGGCAAAGUCCCUGAAAGUGCCCCAGGCAGCAGAGGGUGAGAUUGAGCUUAAAGCCACUAUAGAUGAGGGUGACGAGGCUGGAGGAGAGAAAGCUCACCUGGACCUGUCAUCUGAUGAAGAAGAAGUAGAAAUUGAGGAAACUAUUGAAGAGACCCGAGCGGAACGCAUCAAACGCAGCAGCCUUCAACGGGUCCAAAAUAUCAAGACAGUCUUUUCCAAGGAAAAGAUGGAGAAAACCAAACAAAAGACAAAGGAGAACCUUGAGAAAACCAAGCAAAAGACCAAAGAGAACUUGGAAAAGACACGAAUGAAGACCAAAGAAAACUUGGAAAAAACCAAGCAAAAGACCAAAGAGAACUUGGAGAAGACUAGGCAAAAGACGCGAGAGAAUCUGGAAAAGACACGCCACAACAUUGAGAAGAAAAUGGGCAAGCUCAGCACUCGUAUGUCUGUCAACCCUGAGCGUAAAGAGAAGAUAAAAAGCUCACAGAAGAAGAUGGUGAAGUCUUUCACACCUGAUCACACCAUUUAUGCUCGGUCUAAAACUGCCGUGUACAAGGUGCCACCAUUCACCUUUCAUGUGAAGAAAAUCCGUGAAGGCGAGGUGGAAAUCCAAGGCACAGAAAUGGUGGAAGUGGGUGGGGAAACAGAGGAGGUAGAGAAUGGAGUAAUGGAGGGAGGAGAAGAAGAAGAGAUGGAGAUGGAAGGCGGAGAGAUGGAAGAGAUGGAGGAGAGUGCUGAGAUGCUGGAGACAGAAGAGGAUUCGGAGCUGGUGCAUGCAGAGCAGGAUCAUGAUAGAGAUAGUGAUUAGAUAGGGUGUGUCUGUGUGUGUGUGUGACAAUGUGUGCAUUAAUGGCAGAAAAGAUAAAAGGUCUCACCAUGGUUGUAGACAAGUUAAAGUCUAAUUGCAAAGGAAUGUUGACGGUUUAAGGUUUGGUAUAUAUACUAGAUUAGGUCAAAUGAUUGUUCAGCUAAUUUGCCGCAGAUUUGGGGUAAGCAAAAAAUAUGUUUAUAUAUUAAUGAGAUAAUCAAUUAAUGGUUAAUUAAUAUACUAACACACAUGUUUAUGUACAGUUAGUCUAGUCAGCAAACACAGCUUGACAUAAUCUAGUCAAACACAACCAUGUUUCACUUAAGAAUGAGAGGACAAUGACCAACAAGUUCUUUUAAUGUUUUUCUAUGUAUUCAAAACAGAAUUUUCUUUUUAAUAUUAUUUCUUUUAUUUUGGAGGCGCAGUUAAUGCAUUCUGAUGUUACACUGAAAUUUUAUUCUGUUAAUCUAUAUCAAUUCACAAGUCACAUUAACAAUUUUAACGACCAGCAGCAUGUGGCUGCUUCGCACCUUUCUAUUAUAGCAACCAUCACCACAGCACUAUGACCUCGUAACAGUAAAAACUCCACAAGCACAAUUAUAUGAGUUGUUCUUAGUAAAGGCAUUUUGUUAGUCUCAGUGCCUAUAUCUGGUGCUAUAACUGAAACUGACAAAAUAUUUUACAAAGGGAUUAAGGGAUAGAGGACUAAAAGAAUAAUAAUAAUUAUAAUUUUAUUAAAAAAAUUCAUUUAAUCAGCGUUGGAUUUAUAUACAAAACAUUAAGUAAAAGUAUUACCAAAUUGUACUAGCAUGAAUAUUAUUUCUAUUUUAUUUUAUACACCACUGCUGUCAAUGUACAAUAACAGCAAGUCUCUGUCCCAAUCAUAUGGACAAAAUGCACUUCUUAUUUAGAUAUGAAUGGAGCCUUUUUAUGUGCUGCAUCUGGAGUAUUAGAUAUGAAACAAAAUGUGCAAAUGUCCAGGACUGUGAUUUUGCUGCAUUAUAGAGCAUAUGUGUAAUCUUCCUUUUUGAAAUCAUCACCAAGCCAUCUUUAUUUUUUAUUGCUAAGAUUUCAGUUAAUUAGGCACCAAUCAUCCUUCUUUCCUUGCCAAAUACCAUAUUUAUCCUUUCAUAGUUUACAUGUGCACAUUUUAGUUGGUUUUAGUCUAUAUUUUGCUUUGCAACUGAUCUGUAUGUAUCUAAUAAUGUCUCACUGUGUACUAAUAUGUUAAUAAAAGCAGACUUAUUCACA